AUGGAUAGUCUCACUUGCCAUGUCAUUUACGUCAAUCGCACCGUUGGAGAGGCCCGGCUGCUGCGCGCCGUACCUGACGAUUCCGCGGCCUCGCCGACAGGCGCUACCCCCGAUUGGCGGCGCGAUCGCGUUCGACAACUCGUCCAGCCUCUCCUCGACACUUUUGGUGACGUUCAUGUCUGUGCCACCGGCGCCGCCUGCAUGGACAAGUUGAUGCAGCUUCACGAAGCCGGGUCCAUGAUGGACAUGACACCAACCAUGGUUCUUCUAGACACGCCCCAUGAUGAAUGGAUACCCGAGUCCUAUUCCCUUCCCAACUCUUCCUCUACCGACCCCAACCUGGUCAACCGCGACGCCGAGAUUCACACACCCGACGAGAACCUCUACGGCCUCACGCUCCUCCAGAGGCUCAUCACCGAGGCCCACCUGCGAAGCAUUUCCAAGCUCGUCGUCCCCAUCCCUAUCAUCAGCUAUCCAGAGACUCGCGAACAAAUGACCGACGGCACGACCGAGCCCUUGCCGGCUCAACCCGUCAGUCGUAAGCUCAUAAGGAGGUGCUUGGACCUUGGCGCCGUCGACGUGAUAAUCAGCCCCCUGGGCCCCAAAUGUAUCGCAACGCUGGAAAUAUGCGCUUAUAAGGCCCAUAGGGACGCCGCUAGGGACCAGCAGGCAAUGAUGGAGAUUACAAAGGGCCGCAAGCGAUCGUGGGUUGGCGUCAACGAGCAGAAGCCCUUUGCCUACCUCCGAGAGGCAAUGGUCUCUGGCCUCAUGAAGGGAAUCUGCCGUCUCUCUUCCGAAGACGACAACUUCACCGGUGCCCACAUUGCCGUUUCGUCUGAGCGCCAGGCCAUCAUCGCCGAGGCCGUCGGGCGUUGGCAUUUCGAUGCCCACGAAUUCUCCGAUGACGAGCUGUUGGUGGCUGCGAUGCAGAUGUUUAAGCAUGCCCUGACUUCACCGGAACUCGAGGGGUGGCGGAUACCAGCAGACCAGCUCAUUAGCUUCCUUGUCGCAUGCCGCGCUGCAUACAAUAGCUUCGUUCCCUACCAUAAUUUUCGUCACGUGGUGGACGUUCUUCAAGCAACCUUCAAUUUCCUCGUCCACAUUGGCGCGUUCCCUCCGUACCCGACAUGGUCUCAGCCGAGAUUCAAGGCGCCCAAGUCGCCAAUCGCCUCGCUCGUCAGCCCCUACGAAGCACUGACCCUCCUCAUCACGGCCAUUGGCCAUGACGUGGGCCACCCCGGAGUCAACAAUGGCUUUCUCACCACCUUGAACGCCCCGCUAGCGCAGCUGUACAAUGACCGAUCUGUCCUAGAGUCGUUCCAUUGCGCUGCCUUUUCGCAGAUCCUUCGCAGGUAUUGGCCCGCGGUAUUCGAAGACAGGAAGAUGCGCGGCUUGAUGAUUAGCUCCAUCUUGGCCACAGACAUGGGCCUCCAUUUCGACUACAUGAAGAAGAUGGCGACGCUCAAGGAAAAUUUCAAGUCUGACAGCAAUCCUGCAAAUUGGAAUGGGCGCCAACUUGAAGAUGCCAAGGUUCUCGCAUGUUCGCUCCUUAUUAAGUGCGCAGACAUUAGCAACGUGGCACGCCGUCAAUCAACAGCACUGAAAUGGAUGCAUAUGCUCUCGGAGGAGUUUUCAAGACAAGCCUCAAUGGAGGACGAACUCGAGAUCAAGUCGUCUUUGAUGUCCCCCCCGAAAAAGGACAUUUUGUCCCUCUCCAACGCCCAGCUUGGGUUCAUGAACAUGUUCGCCAUACCACUGUUCCAAGGCGUGGCUGAAAUAAUGCCAGGCAUGGAAUACACCGUCAAGGAGCUCCACACCAACAAGAAAUUCUUUGAAGAAAAGGUGAAGGAGGAACAGGCCAAGGCGGCGGAAGCGGCCAGUGACAAGGUCCGGCACCGGCGAACGAGAAGCUUUCCGAUCGAAAAUGACAGCGAAAUGAAGAGCGUCGAGAUUUCGCCCGCACCGAGUCCCUCGACGGCCAAGUCUGGCCACGACCCCCACACCCCUGUCGAACAUCCGGAUGUCAACGGCAUGGCCUUUGGGGUCCCUUCGUCUUUUGACGCCGCGGAUGGGGAUCCUUUCACCUGCCACCGGCCAGACGAGUCUAUAGAAGGCAAGUUGCUAUCGACAAAACAGCGGACGAGCGAGACCACCGAAGGCAGUUUAUCCGCUGGUUAUCCCGCGGACUGGGCUUCGCAGGCAGCGAGUACGGCCACCGGCAAGAUGACUCUGUCACCCAGCACGCAGGGCACCAGCAUCGUCAGCAACGAAUCUGGAGAGCGAACCCUCGGCGUCCCUGCGUUUAACAUGUCGCCUCUCAGCCUCAAGGGAACCCCAACGUCACCACGCCGGGAACGAGAACGAGAAAUGGCGCAAGGAGACGAGGAUCCACACCUCGGAGGCAGCAUAGGCAGAGCCGAAGGCAAGGCACUUAAGAAACGGCCAAGCAGGUUUCGAAUGAAGGACUUUCCCUUCUUUAAGAGAAGCAAGGGAUCAAGUCCUCCAUUCCCGACCGCUGACACGUCUGGUUGA